AUGUACGACAAUAGAAAAUUUACAACUUGGAGGCAGUUAUUAUGGUCCUGUUUUUACACACACUCAUUUACUGAAGAUAAAGAACCUUGUGACACUACUUCAAAGACUACACGGGUAAUGAGAGAGGAUGACUUUUAUGCAUCUAUGCGUGUUCUUGUUAAAGAUGUGCGGUGUAAUUCCACCUCAUACUUCCCGAAAGAGAACAAAAGUGAUGUCGAGUUGAUCCUGUGUCAGUUGAGCUCCGUGGAUAUCCUGCGCCGAGUGUGGAUCAAACUCAUAUCGAGGCAGAAAGCUCAUCUCGAAAAAAAAUCAUGUGAUAAGAAUCUAAAUAAAGGAAAAUCAUGCAUAUUACGGCAAAUGCACAAUCAUGAGCAGGUGCAAUAUUCAAAUGGUAUAAAAAAAAAAUCAAUGAUGGGUCCAGCCGCCAGUGUCGAAUGGGACGUCUUUAGUGCCGUUCUGCUUACCCACAUAAAAGAUGUCCUGAACUUGCAACAGAACCCUGUGGGUAGCAAGAAUUAUGUAACUGUAAAUUCCAACUCUGACACGCUUAUAGAUUGUAUUGUCGACCCUUUUGAUAGUGACUGUCAUCUUAACCGUUCGCAUAUAAGUUUAUCAAGAGUGACCAUCUCUAUGAGCUCAGUAAGUAAUUCGGAUAUAUCAAAUUAUAGUAACGAAUGGGGGCCGGAAGCCGUUUCUGACCUCGAUCAAGAGCUGAGUCUCAUGUUAAAAACUGGAGAAAUCGAUAUUGCCUGUGAAGGUUUUCCUGACACUGUAGAAAAACAAUGUCAGGAGAUGAAAUCAAAAUCAUCCCAAGACACCCCGCGCUCCGUGUGGUCCUCACUUCUCAAUAUUGUUCUUCCCCCUGUCCUGAAGUCUACGGUUUCGCCAGAUCUAGAAUCCCAUCACUGCGGGAUCAAGCACACUACAAUUAAUCCUUCGAAGGGUAUGAGAGCUGUUUCUACCACCGAAAACAAUCCGGAGCACGUCAAAGGGGGGGCAAAUGGUACAAAUUUGCUAGUUCCGCCAUUAAAGAGCAAAACCCGUACACUACCUCUGGAUAACAAUAUUGACAGUAUCCCCCUGGGUACAUUGGUGCCGCCUGAAACUGGUAAUACUAUAGUCGAAAGUAUGGUGAAUAACAGGUCAGAACUGCAGACCAUAGAUGAAAGUUGUGGAAAGUUUGUGAACACAAAAACUUAUAUGGUGAUGUCUACACCACAGAACCCCAAUCCUCACUCCGAAGGACACUGCAUUUCUAUACAGCAGCGCUUCUCUACUACUAUCAAUGAUAAACAACCGCCUUCAGCUUCCAAGAAGUUAAUGCGAAGAUGGACCUACCCUUUCCUGGAGGUUUGUUCAUCAAAUAAUAAACCAACGCAGCUGGACAAGGGCUCCUUACCGUUGACUUAUCCAACUAAAUCCAAAACACGUGAAUUGUUGUACAUCACAAAUCCUUUCAAAUUUCCUUCAACAACAACCAGUAGUGGUAGUGUGAUUCAUUCCCAAGAGCAGGAAGUCAACGGAAGGCAUUCUGCAGGCAUUUCGCAAUAUCCAGGUAUACAAAUGUCACCCCCAAUUAGUAAACUGAGCUUCUCGUAUAAGGUGGCUGAUGAUUCUAAGAAAAGCCCCGACUACAUCUACAGCGUAAUAGCGCCACCUCCAUACAGUGGCUGCGAUAAGCCCUCAAAGGAGGUAUGUUCCAUAAAUCACACUCCUACUAGUAAUAGCGUGGAUGUGAUGGGCAAUAGCAAUGAACGUGGUGAAAACUCCUUCAGAACGGAAAAUUGUUCUAAAGAGUUAGCGACUGGCACCACCUAUAAGACACCUGAAGAAGUACUAACGCCCAUUGCGCCUUUGUCGUAUUCCUCUUCCCCAGUUGUAGAGGCAAACCUGGUGUACCAACGAUACGCAUCUCAACCCUAUAUAAGUGGUGGCUCCUUUUCUGUAGGUGCGACGUCUAACAAACGCAAGUGGAAUGAAUUAUCACAAGUGAAUCGAUGUAAAUUAAAUGGACUCCUAUCCCCGCCAGUCACAAUGGAUCAAUGGCAGAAUUGUGUGGAUAGUAGGUCACGAGAAAACGCGUCAUACAAAGCGAAUUGUCAAAAAAAAAAAUUGCUAGUAAAUCAACUUGGACUAUUGACAAUCAAAGUAUUAAAGAAGGUAAGAAAAAGAAUGGGGAAGUAA